GUUUUGGAACAUUGAAUUUAUCUAGGGGAUUACGUGUUGGUUGUGCUAUGGAAACCCAUAUUGAUUUUGUGCAAUGGCUUAAAACUGAUGUAUCUCUGGACAUUAUGAGCCGUUUGAAUGAUCCAGCUGAUGUGGUCCGUGCUGGUGCUGUUUCUCGCCUUUGGCGCCAAUUUGUGGUUACCAACAGACUCUCUAAGCAACUGUGUGUGGGAAGGUUUCAGCAGCUUUCCAGGAUUCUCCGUAUAACAGAACCCGAUUUGAAUGCACCAGAACCAAAAGAUGUUGGAUCUAGCAAUUCCAACUGGGAGUAUCUAAAAAGAGAGCAUGAAGUUUAUGCUUCUCUACUUCAAGCUAUUGAAUCAUCAAAGUCAUGUCGAAACGAUUGCAUAGGCUAUGCAGUCAGCGCUUCAAGCACGGAUAAAUAUCCAGAUGAAAGCAUUGACAAUACCUUAAUUCCAAUGGACGAAUAUCUAAAUUUUCCUUCAUACUGGUCGAGCAAAGGACACAGUGAUCCGAAUGCCCCCGAGACACUACUUUACAAAUUGAAGGCUCAUCUAUGUGUGAUCACUGAAGUUUGUAUGCAACCUUUUGAAGCUUAUUUCCAGCCCGGCAAGCCCAUAUAUUCUGCAAAAUCUGUUCGAUUUCGCGUCGGGCACCCCAAAUCCUUGAGAGAUGUGCGUGCUCUCCUGAAAAUGCCCCAGCAACAGCCUACUGAUGACAAGUUUAUAUGGACAUAUACUUCUGAAGAAUUCCCUAUGACACAGGAAAAAUGCUUUCAGCGGUUCAAGUUGCCAGAACCUGUGCUUUGCAUUGGUGGAUAUCUGCAGAUUCAACUUCUGGGCAGAGUUCAGAGACAAGAAAUGGACAACUUGUUUUACAUACGUGUUAGUCAUGUGAGAGUUGUAGGGCGACCUCUUGGCUCUACAUUUGAGAUAGAGGUCCUAGAGCCAUCUCAAGAAUUUGUGUUGAAGUACAAUCGAGAUGUUUUUGGAUGCAUGGUGCACGACUUUUCUAUUGGAGGUCAUCAAGGCUCAAAUAUGGCUUACCAUCCUGGUAUCGUUUUCAUGGGAUGUUGGGACGACGAGGAUGAUGAUGAAAUGGAUGAAGUGGGAAUUUUGUAAUUUAACCUCGCGCUUUUCUUUUCUUUAGGAGUGAUUGAUGUAUGUCCGUUUGUCCUUGAUGGUCCUUUAUUUUAGUAAUUUUACAGCAGUUCUUUGUGUAAAAGUUUGAGAGCUGCACAAGACUUUGUGGAUGAAACGUUUUUUUUCUUUUCAAGUUGGUUAAACUUUGCUUUUGCACACUUUUUCAGUCACAAAUCAGCAAAAGUUGAUCACUCUUGUGCAUGCAAA